AUGCAGAUGAUCAAGAAGAUUCACUUCAUCUCUCUUUGUUAUUAUUCUCUCUUCUUGGUCUUCUCCAGUAUUGUCGUGGCCGUGGCGGCACAGAAUGAUCCGGUGAAUGUGGGAGUUGGAGUGGUUCUUGAUUCCUCUUCUGGGGUUGGGAAGAUGGGGUUGAGCUGCAUCAACAUGUCGCUCACGGACUUCUAUGCCUCCCAUCCCAAUUACACCACCAGGCUGCUUCUGCACCAGAAAAACUCAUCACCCGAAGACGUUGUUCUUACUGCGGCUGCAGCUCUGGACCUAAUAAAUAACGAUCAAGUGCAAGCCAUCAUAGGCCCACAAUCUUCAAUGCAGGCCAACUUCCUAAUAAGCCUCGGAGACAAAGCCCACGUUCCUAUAAUCUCAUUCUCCGCCUCAAGCCCAUCUCUCACUUCAAUCCGCUCCCCCUACUUCAUCCGCGCCGGGCAAAACGACUCGUCGCAGGUCAAAGCCCUAAGCGCCCUAAUCCAAGCCUUCGGCUGGCGACAAGUCGUCCCCAUCUACGUAGACAACGAGUUCGGCGAGGGAGUCAUCCCUUACCUCUCCGAUGCUCUACAACAAGUUGACGUCAGAAUCCCUUACCGGACCGUACUUCCGUCAAAGGCCUCCGAUGAACAUAUCGAAGCGGAGCUUCUUAAAUUGGUGACCAUGCAGACAAGGGUCUUUGUUGUUCAUAUGUUGCCUGAACUUGGUUCUAGGGUUUUCGAGAAGGCUAAGAAGCUUGGGAUGAUGGAGGAGGGCUAUGUUUGGAUCAUGACAGAUGGAAUGUCCAACCUUUUUAGCUAUAUCAGUUCUUCUUCUGUGAUGGAAAAUAUGCAAGGGGUUUUGGGUGUGAAAACUUAUGUGCCGAGUACAAAUGAGCUCGAGGGUUUUAGGGUUAGGUGGAAGAGGAAGUUCCAGGAAGACAAUCCAGGUGUUGAUGUGGAUUUGGGCGUGUUUGGAUUUUGGGCUUACGAUGCUGCUACGGCAUUGGCUACGGCAGUUGAAGAGGUUGUGAGGAGUAGUAAUGGAAGCUUAGGGUUUCAGAAGUCGAAUUCUUCCGGUAGUUCUAAUGAUUUGGAGAGGAUUGGUGUGUCGAUAAUUGGUUCUUUACUAGUGGAAGCAUUGUGGAGGACUAAUUUCCUAGGGCUUUCGGGGCGUUUUAGCCUCCAAAAUGGGCAGCUACAAUCAUCAACUUUUCAGAUUGUUAAUGUGAUUGGUAGUGGAGAGAAGGUGAUCGGGUAUUGGACACCCCAAAACGGACUUGUGAGAAGUUUGAAUUCCAAAAUCACAAUGAACAGCUCGUACUCUACUUCGAAUACUAGUCUUGGGUCUAUUAUAUGGCCUGGAGACUCCAUUUCUGCUCCAAAAGGUUGGCAGAUUCCUACGAGUGGGAAGAAGUUGAAGAUUUUAGUACCAGUUAAGAGUGGGUUCAAGGAGUUUGUGAAUGUGACGUUUGAUCCAAAGACCAACACAAGCAUGGUCAUGGGUGGAUACUGCAUAGAAGUCUUCAAAGCUGUAAAGGAAGCAUUGCCUUAUGAUAUAGAAUAUGACCUUGUUGCUUUUGCCAAGCCUAAUGGUAGCAAGGCUGGUAAUUACAAUGAUUUGGCCAAUGAAGUAUAUCUUGGGAAUUAUGAUGCUGCAGUGGGAGAUAUAACCAUUAGAGCAAACAGGUCCUUGUACAUUGAUUUUACUUUGCCAUUCACAGAAUCUGGGGUAUCUAUGAUUGUGCCCAUUAAAGAUAACAAAAAUAAAAAUGCAUGGGUGUUCUUGAAGCCUUUGACUUGGGACUUAUGGGCAACAAGUGGUUGUUUCUUCAUAUUCAUUGGUUUUGUGGUUUGGGUUUUAGAACAUCGGAUUAACGAAGACUUUCGAGGGCCCCCUCCUCAUCAGAUUGGCACAAGCUUGUGGUUCUCCUUCUCAACCAUGGUUUUUGCACACCGGGAAAGAGUAGUGAGCAACUUGGCUAGGUUUGUAGUGAUCAUAUGGUGUUUCGUCGUCCUCAUUUUGACUCAAAGUUACACCGCCAGUUUAACAUCACUUUUAACAGUUCAACAGCUCCAACCAACUGUUACUGACGUAAACUGGCUUCUGAAGAAUAGAGAGAAUGUUGGCUACCAAUCAGGUUCUUUUGUUUAUGGGAUUUUGAAACAGCUAGGGUUUCAGGAUGAAAAGCUGAGGACUUUUGAUACUGUUGAACAAUUGAACGAACUUUUUCAUAACGGGACUGCAAAUAAUGGGAUAGCUGCUGCAUUCGAUGAGACCCCAUAUAUGAAAUUGUUUCUUGCAACUUACUGCUCGAAAUACACCAUGGUUGAGCCAACGUUCAAAGCUGAUGGUUUUGCCUUUAUCUUCCCGAAAGACUCACCUCUUGCUCGCGAUGUUUCAAGGGCAAUCUUAAAUGUGAAUGAGGGAGGUGAAAUGCAAAGGAUUGAAGAUAGGUGGUUCAAAAGACAAGAAUGUCAAGACACAACGAACAGUGUCUCAUCCAACAGUCUUAGCCUCGAGAGUUUUUGGGGCCUCUUCCUCAUUGCCGGCGUCGCUUCAUCAUUGGCUCUCAUCAUAUUUGUUGCCAUGUUCUUGUAUGAACACAGGCACAUUCGCUUGGAUUCAGAAUCUUCAUUUUGGAGAAAAGUUCUUGUCAUGUUAAGAAUUUAUGACCAGAAAGACCUCAGCAGCCAUACCUUUAAGAAGAGUGGAAUGGAAUUUCACCCUAACUACCCCCCGAGUCCAUCAAGCUUUUCAAACCACACUGAAGCGCACAAUGUGUUUGCAGAUCAGCAGACAAUACCUCCUUCUCCUGAGCAUGGUGAUUUGAGUCCCACUAAUGGUCAAUCAACCAGAGAGAUUGAAUUAGCUAUUGAGCAUCCUUAGAGACAAAGAGGUAACUGAUCCAUAUUAGAUUGCCCAAUUUAGUAACUGAUCCAUAUGAUUUCUUAGCUAGUUACACAUGAUAUAUAUAUUGUGUAUUAAUUGACAGAAGUAAUGGUAUAUGUAAUUAUGUAU